AUGCAAAAAAUUAGCUCUCAACCACUAUCAAAUGCUCAGAUCUAUCUCCGACGCUUGACCGAUCAGAGCUCCAAAGCAAAAUGGCGUAGGGAGGCUCUAUUUAAGCCAGAUGACCUUGAAAGAAAGAUGCCACGUCCACACUUCAGUCUCUCUGUCAUGGAGUAG